AUAAUGGCUACAAACGAUGACAGCAAUUUAAAACAAUUAAAAGAAUUAAAUGUUAAACGUAGCUCAAUUAAGGGUCGUUUGACAAAAUUUAGGAAAUAUCUGGAUAUUAUCUGUCCUGCAAAAUUAUCAAGCGUGCAAGUUAAAGAACUGAAAAUUAAUACUCAGAAGGUUCGAGAUAUGUCCACCAAAUUUGAUGAACUUCAGAGCCAAAUUGAGGUCAUCAAUUGUGAAAAUUUAGAAAGUGAGAUUAAUGAACGUGAUGAUAUCGAACAAAUUUUUACGGCACAUCUUGCGCUUGCUGAGGAUAUACUCAGUAAGCACAAUAACGAUAACAAUGAUUCUUCUUCGCAUUAUAUAUCUCAUCAUCAUGACUGUUCAUUAAGCUGCCAUGAUUCAGAAUUUAAAUUACCAGAAAUACAAAUUGCUAAAUUCGAUGGCGCAUAUUUUCGCUGGCUUGCCUUUCGCGAUACUUACUUGUCUUUGAUUCAUAACAAUGAACGUAUUAAACCUAUACAUAAGUUCACCUAUUUAUCCUCGUACUUGGAAGGUGAGGCGGCUCGUGUUAUCUCUAACCUAGAAAUAUCUGAAGCCAAUUAUAAGAUUGCAUGGGAACUUUUAUGCGAUCGCUUCGAUAAUAAGGAUCAACUACUCCAUCAUCAUCUUGCAUCUCUAUUCAAUAUCGCUUCAUUAACAAGAGCAACCGACAAGUCACUACGGUCUUUGGUUGAUCAUGUCACAAAAAAUUUACGAGCAUUAGCUAACUUGGGUCAGCCCACUGAACAUUGGGACACGUUAAUUGUUUAUCUUGUCGCCUCAAAAUUAGAUAACCAUACUGCAUUAAAGUGGGAAGAAUUUCGAAAAACAUCUAAAAUGCCCACCUUAAACCAAUUUAAGAAAUUUCUGAUUGAUCGCGCUGAUGUUCUAGAAAAUAUGUACUUAGGUAAGCUUGAGAAACUCAAGGCAGAUCAACACCAUACGCGACAGUCAAGUGGCGCUACACACACUAUAAAACCUACCACGCAAACAUAUCAAAAUGCUAUAUCUCAAUCUAUCCGCCUAUGUGUUGUCUGUAACCAGAAUCAUAGGAUUUAUGAUUGCCCUACCUUUAAAUCGAAAAGUGUUCAGGAUCGAAGGGCAGAAGCACAGAGACAUAACUUGUGCUCCAAUUGUUUGCGAGAAGGACACAAUGUUCGUAUGUGUAGAUUAGGUCCUUGCCGUGAAUGUAAACGCAAACACAAUACACUUUUGCAUUCACCUAACUUAAAUACAAAUGAACCUAAGGCUACCAUUAUCAAUGAAAAUUUAUCUGCGCAUAGUAGCUUAGUAAAACAAGACAUCCAUCCAAAUCAAGUUCUCUUAUCAACUGCUAUGGUCAGAAUAACAAAUCCACGUACUAAGAAAAAUUUAAUUGCUCGUGCUCUUUUAGACUGUGGUAGUCAAUCGUCAUUCAUAACUCAGUCACUUAUGAAUAGGCUUUCUCUUGACUCCACCCCAAUCAAUUCUAUUAAUAUUAUUGGCAUCGGUAACAAUCUAACUGAUAAAGUAAAUCAAAGCUGUGUCACUCAGUUAAGUUCAUUGACUGACAAUAAUUACAAGGUAAUCCAAUCAUUUUAUGUCCUCGAUCAAUUAACAGGCACAAUUCCCAAUCGCUACAUUGACAUAAAAGAUUUAAAACUACCAAAAGGCAUAAAGCUAGCUGAUCCUUAUUUCAACCAACCUGCUUCUAUAGAUGUUUUAAUAGGAGUUGACUUAUUUUGGGAUUUGUUGGGGCAUAAUGAAAUUGCUCUAGGCUCCAACUUGCCCAACCUUCGAGCUUCAAAAUUAGGUUGGCUCAUUGCAGGUCGUGUAGUGCCAUCUUAUAUGGAAGAUAUGCAACAAAACGUUGUUCAUUGCAACGUAGCAGUCACAAGUAAUGAUCAAGAUUCUAUUCAGAAUCAAUUAACAAAAUUUUGGGAACUUGAAGAAAUUCCCCACAAGCCAUAUUUAUGUGAAACCGAAAAGCUAUGUGAAAAUCAUUUUUAUUCUAACACUUAUCGUCUAAAAACAGGAAGGUUCUGUGUUCGACUCCCUUUGAUAGACACACCAGACUGUUUGGGCGACUCAUACGGUAUGGCUAAAAAACGAUUGCUGGCUCUUGAAUGUCGUUUUCGGAAAAAUUUAGAAUUGAAAUCACAAUAUGUCAAUUUUAUAAAUGAGUAUAUGAAUUUAGGUCAUUUAGAAAAAUGUCCAAUCAAGAAUCCAAAUCCCUCAUAUUUUUUAUGCCAUCAUGCAGUUUUUAAACAAAAUAGCGAAACCACAAAAAUUCGCGUUGUUUUCGAUGGGUCCGCAAGCACAAAUUCCGGGUUUUCUCUCAAUGACUUGCAAUUGGUAGGUCCCAAUGUGCAGAGCUCUCUUUUUUCUAUCCUAAUUCGAGCACGACAAUACAAAUACUUACUAACUGGAGACAUCGAAAAGAUGUACCGCCAGAUAGAAUUAGACGAGCGCGACCGCAACCUGCAAUUGAUUUUGUGGAGAGAAGACGAAGCAAAGCCCAUCGAAACAUUUCGCCUCAAGACCGUUACAUACGGUCUUGCAAGUGCGGCAUAUUUAAGCACAAAAUGCUUAAGUACAUUAGGCGAACAUUGUAGUGAUCCCCUAAUCAGUACCAUCAUUAAGAACGACUUUUAUGUCGACGAUUUAAUAACUGGCUCAGAUAAUGAGACAGAAUUACUCCAUAUACAACAUACCGUAUCAUCGACCCUAGCUGCGGGCUGCUUUAACCUACGCAAGUACAAAUCCAAUUUAUUUAGCAUAUUAAAUUCAGUCCGAGAUGAUAAAGAUCAUAAUGUAAUUAUAAGUGAAUCAUCAAACACUUUAGGUUUGAGUUGGAACCCUAAAUCUGAUACACUGCAUAUCCCAAUUUCUUCAUCCAAUCAUAGCCAGGAAAUUACGAAACGACUGAUACUUUCAACGUCAUUUAAAAUCUUUGACCCAUUAGGGCUUCUUAGUCCCUGCAUUAUUUUACCGAAAAUAUUACUGCAAUCCCUAUGGCUCAGCAAGGCUGACUGGGAUGAACCGGUGAAUUCAUCCAUCCAAACCUCAUGGAAUAGGUUUAUUAAUAAUCUUGAAUGUUUAUCGAGUUUACACAUACCUAGACGAGUUCUAUGUACAUCUCCAGAUAUUAUAGAGAUUCACACAUUCAGUGACGCUUCACAGGUAGCUCUUGGGGCGUGCAUUUAUAUGCGCUCUGUCAAUUCACUUGGUGAAUUGGAAGUAAAAUUAUUAUGUGCUAAAUCCAAGGUAUGUCCCUUAAAGCCCACUACUAUACCACGUCUGGAGCUUUGUGCUGCCUUGUUGGCUGCAAAGCUAUGUAAAUCUGUUAUCAGUUCAUUAAGAUACAAAGUAAAUACAGUAGUUCAUUGGUGCGAUUCUUGUGUUGUUCUCAGUUGGCUUCAAGGUAAUACAAGAAAAUUAAAAACCUUUGUUUCUAAUAGAGUUGUUGAAAUUUGUGAAAUUACCAAUAGCACUUCUUGGCGUUAUGUACCCACUGACCAAAAUCCCGCAGAUUUGAUUUCAAGAGGGGUGGACCCAGACCAAAUCAGCAGUAAGGACUUGUGGUGGUCAGGCCCAAAUUUCCUCAUAAAGGCUGAGAGUGAUUGGCCUAAACUCCAUGAUUUGAUUGACGAGUCUGAUAUUCCCGAAAUUAAGUCAAAUUCUGCCGUUGGUAUGGAAAGUAAUAAUUUUUUUAAUAAAUUCUCUUCAUUUAACAAACUUCGACGUUCUUUCGCAUAUGUUUUAAGAUUUAUUCACAAUACACGCUAUUCGACAAACAAAAUUACUGGUAGGCUUACAUUAGACGAGAUGAACACGGCGUUUAUAACAUUAUGUAGAAUAGCACAACAAGAGUCGUUUGCGCAUGAAUAUGACAUUCUAAUUAAAAAUAAAUCCCUCAGCAAUAAGUCGUCUAUCUUGUCACUAGCUCCCUUUUUAGACAAUGACAAAUUAAUCCGAGUUGGUGGCAGAAUCGACCUGUCUAACUACGAUUACUCCAAGAGGCAUCCUAUUCUUAUGCAUGCCUCACAUCAUUUAAGUAAAUUAUAUUUUAAACAUCUACACUACUGUAAUAUGCAUGCAGGACCUCAAUUGCUCCUAGCAUGUGUUAGAGAAACUAUAUGGCCAAUCAAUGGAAGGCAUUUAGCCCGCCGUACAGUACACAGCUGCCUUACCUGCCGCCGCUUACAAGGAAAACUAAUGACUCCUAUGAUGGGAAGCUUGCCUAUACAACGUAUAACACCAGACUUUCCUUUUCGCACUGUUGGCGUAGAUUUCGCGGGACCCUUUUACACAAUUAAUAAAAGGGGUCGAGGUGCUAGAGUAACCAAAACCUAUUUAUGUUUAUUCGUGUGCUUUAGGUAUAAAUGCAUGCAUCUAGAAGCCGUUAGCGAUUUGUCGAAGGAUGCAUUUAUAUUAACAUUACGGAGAUUUAUUGCUAGACGAGGCAAGCCGACGGAAAUAUUUUGUGAUAAUGGACGAAAUUUUGUGGCAGCGUCCAAAGAAAUUGGUUUUUUUCUAAAAAAUACACAAGAACCUGAUAGCGACUUUGCAGAAAACGAAGGCAUAAAAUUCGUAUUUUCUCCUGCUUAUACUCCACAUUUCGGUGGUCUCUGGGAGGCCGGAGUUAAAUCCGCGAAAUAUCACAUUAAGCGUGUCAUGGGUAAUACCCACUUAACGUUUGAAGAGAUUUCUACGCUCUUUGCACAAGUAGAAGCUAUAUUAAAUAGCAGACCCUUAUGUCCACUUUCAUCAUCACCCAAUGAUUUCCAUUUCCUUUCUCCCGGGCAUUUUCUGAUAGGACGUCCACUAAAUGCUUUGCCAGAUCCAUCACUCAAUAACUAUAAAUGUAAUAAUCUUCAGCGCUAUUUGAGACUGCAACAAAUUCAGCUACAUUUUUGGCAACGUUGGCAAAGGGAAUAUAUCGGCGAACUCCAACAGCGAUCUAAAUGGCGAAAAAACGCAGAUACCUUACGCGUUGGAGAUCUAGUUCUGCUGCAUGAAGACAACGUACCUCCCUUAUGCUGGCGCAUGGGACGAGUGAGUCGUCUAUUUCCUGGACCAGACGGCAUUUCACGAGUUGUGGACAUACUAACAACCCGAGGAAGUUUUAGAAGACCUGUUACGCGCAUCUGCCCCUUGCUUGCACCUGAUGAUAAUGACUGCUGA